CGUUCACCUCGCUCCUCGCGCUCUCUCUCUCUCUCUCUGCACACAAAAACAUUUUCUUGAGAAAGAAGCCACAGUCACCAUCACCAAUCUUACUUACUAGUUCUACUACCUUCCUACUAUGGAUGUUGCUGAGAGUUUCGGCCAUGGCGAUCCUGAAACGCCGCGUUUCAGUGAGGACUUUGGUUCUGGCUCUGCUUGCUCCACCCCCUUCGUCAGCGCUCCUUCUAGUCCCGGUCGUGGUCCUCCCCCCGGUUACUUCUUCAGCGCUCCCUCCAGCCCUAUGCAUUUCUUCCUUUGCUCCGCUGCUUCUUCCUCGGACUAUCCUAAAAAGCUCAACUCCUCUUCGUCUUCCUCAUGCGGCGGCGACUUUGAGUUUGAUUUCUCGUCGAGGCUGUCUUCGAGCAGUGGUCCUCUAGGCGGCGUUUCCAUGACCUCUGCGGAAGAGCUCUUCUCUAACGGCCAGAUCAAGCCGAUGAAGCUCUCCUCGCAUCUUCAGAGACCUCAGAUCUUAUCGCCGCUUCUGGAUCUGGAGAACGAGGAUGAAGACGACGACGACGACGAAGAGCCCAAACCAGACGGUGAGAUGAACCGUGGCAGAGAUCUGAAACUAAGAAGCAGAUCCGUUCACCGGAAAGCCAGAUCUCUCUCUCCGCUCCGAAACGCAGCGUAUCAAUGGAACCAAGAGGAUGAAGAAGAAGAAGAAAGAGUCGCCGGGGAGAGAGAGGUGAAGGAGUGCAUAAGGAAGCUACAGGAGGACGAGAACGUGCCUUCAGCUGAAACGACACCGUCUUGUUCAGCCUCAUCUUCGCGAUCAUCCUCUUACGGUAGAAACUCUAAGAAAUGGAUAUUCCUCAAGGAUCUGCUCCAUCGAAGCAAAAGCGAAGGAAGAGGCAACGCUAAAGAGAAGUUCUGGUCCAACAUUUCAUUCUCCCCUUCAAAUUUGAAAGACAAGAAACUCAAAUCUCCUCAACCAGCUGAAGAGAAGCCGAUUCAGGAAACAGCUGAGGCCGCCGUCGUCGAGUCCAAGAAGCAGAGACAGAAACAACCGCCGGCGAGGAAAACUCCGACAGUCGGAAAACCAACAAACGGGAUAGCGAAACGGCGAGGAUCGCAGCCGUCGGCACACGAGCUACAUUACACAACGAACAGAGCUCAAGCAGAGGAGAUGAAGAAGAGGACGUAUUUGCCGUACAGGCAUGGACUCUUUGGCUGCUUAGGGUUCAGUUCCAAAGGUUACAGUGCCUUGAACGGUUUAGCACGUAGCUUAAACCCAGUUUCAUCCGGUUAAAUCAUCGUUAUUAGAUUUCAGCAGCAAAAAUAUGUUCUUUUUAAUGUAUAGAGAUUAUGAUGAACCCUCCUCCUAUAUAGUAGUAAGUAAGUAAGUAGUAUAUUGGCAUUGUAUUUUCUUAUAAGUUCUUAUAUUUGAUUACUAUGAUUCUCCUUUUUUUACUUCUUGGGAAUGUAUUAUUCAGAAUCUAAAAAAUAUUAUUACA